ACGGUUCUUCGGUUUGGACCCCCCUGUCCUUGAUUUCCUACGGGGAGGUGAUUGCUACAAGCAACAAGAGCACAGGCCAAAGCUCGCCCAGAGAAGCUACUCUUAGCAGGCUGAACUUGCCGUCAUGGGGUUUGUUCCAGACGAGGGAAAGUCGCUCCCUCCACCCGGGAUCGUGAACAGGAACUCGGUGUGGUUGUCUGGUGUCGGCUGGGUCUCCGCGUUGCUCCACAAUGCUAUGAACCACAGGCCGCCCCUCAAGUCAGGUGUUCAUCGGCAGUUCCUUAUGGCAACUGUUGGCUGGUUCCUCGGGUAUCAUAUCACAAAAUAUGAAAACUACAUCUAUGCCAAGCUGGACCGAGACAUGAACGAGUAUGUUAAACUUCAUCCAGAGAGAUUUGAACAGAAAGAAAAGAAGACCUUUGCAGAGAUUGUGGAGCCGUUCCAUCCUGUGCGCUAAGUCUCAUCAUGGGGACAAACCGAAGGAAAGAGAGGACAGACUCUUUUAUUGGGCAGCCUGUUUGUUAAAUCUGUCAUGUAUUGUGAGCUAUAGAGAUGUAAAUAAAAAUAAUACCCAAGUUUC